AUAAACUCUGAACUAGUGCAGCCAGUUCAGCUAUAAAGAACAGACCUUUUGAUUGCGUCAUUUUUUCUGAACAGUUAUUUUGGUUACACGUGGUUUUAUUUUGCACCACGUAUUGUUCCGGUUAUUAGGAAAACCGAACAUACGAUUACACGUCAAUUCCACUGUGAAACGUUAACAUUGCAAAAUGGCAAAACAAUUGACUGAUCGAAUUUUAGAAUAUUUGGAGAAACAUGGUGAAACAAAUUCGCUAGAUUUAGCGAAUGAAUUCCAAGAAGACCAUCAAAAAAUUAUUGGAGCCAUCAAAAGCCUUGAAACAGUCGAUGAUUUGAUUACAGUAAAACCGAUUUCUAAAAAGAAAUGGGAAAUCACAGCUGAGGGAGAAUAUAUAAUAGAACAUGGUAGCCAUGAAGUAGCUAUUUACAAUGCUAUUCCUGAUGAAGGAAUAUCUCAGGCAGAGCUUAUGAAAUCAGUUCCCUAUGCUAAAGUAGGUUUUUCAAAAGCAAUGGUUGCUGGAUGGAUAAAUCUUGACAAAAGUGGAACUAGUCCUAUUGUAAGAAAGAAAGCACCAUUCAUUGUGGAUACCAUACAGACACAUUUAAAAGAUAUUUCAAAUAUCCCGGAGAACAUUAAAACAGAAUACAAAAAGAGAAAACUUCUACAAGAAGUGGUGAUUAAAAUUAUGCAUUUAGAAAAGGGGCCAAAUUUUUCUAUAAAAAUAGAAAAAUUAGAAGCAGACUUAACAUCAGAUUUGUUAACAAAUGGUUCUUGGAAAAACAAGAAAUUCAAGCCAUAUAAUUUUGAGGCUUUAGGUGCAGCAAUUCAAAUUGGAUCUUUGCAUCCAUUGUUAAAAGUCCGUCACGAAUUCAGAAAAAUCUUUUUGGAAAUGGGAUUCACAGAAAUGCCCACCAAUAAUUUUGUAGAAAAUAGUUUCUGGAACUUUGAUGCUCUCUUUCAACCACAACAACAUCCUGCUCGUGAUGCCCAUGAUACCUUUUUUGUUUCUGAACCACGUGUUAGUACAAAAUUCCCCAUGGAUUAUCUUGAGAAAGUAAAGAAAGUUCACAGUAAAGGAGGAUACGGAUCUCUAGGUUAUAGAUAUGAUUGGAAGUUGGAAGAGGCGCAAAAGAAUUUACUGCGCACUCACACAACAGCUGUUAGCGCACGUGUACUACGUAAACUUAUGCAAGAGGGAGAAUUUAAGCCUGUAAAGUAUUUCAGUAUUGAUAGAGUAUUCCGUAAUGAGACUUUAGAUGCGACGCAUCUUGCAGAGUUUCAUCAAGUUGAGGGUGUUAUUGCUGAUUAUGGACUCACAUUAGGUGACCUUAUCGGUACUUUAUAUGAAUUUUUCAAAAAGCUUGGCAUUACUCAACUUCAAUUCAAGCCUGCAUAUAAUCCAUACACUGAACCAAGUAUGGAAAUAUUCUGUUAUCAUAAUGGCUUGGAGAAAUGGAUAGAAAUUGGUAAUAGCGGCAUGUUUAGGCCCGAAAUGGUAUUACCAAUGGAUUUACCACCUGAUGUAAAUGUUAUUGCAUGGGGUUUGUCAUUAGAAAGGCCAACAAUGAUUAAAUACGGUUUAAACAACAUCCGUGAUCUUGUUGGACCAAAAGUGGAUAUGGAAAUGGUCCGUACGAACCCUUUAUGUCGAUUAGAGAAAACUAGUCGAAUGAUUCAUUUACCACGAAAAAUUCAAGAACAAGAAAUAUCGAUGAAGACUCAAUCAAAGCAAGAAGCUCAACCAAAACUCGGACAAAUGCAAGAAUACCCUUCAGAAAAACGGAAAUUUUUAAAGGAAAAUCUGGUUAUAUUUUGUGAUCCAAAUCAGCCAAUUUAUUUUGUGGAGCCUUUUUUACAACUCAUAGAACCAUAUCUUAGUGUUUCUGUAUCAACGCACGUUCAUUCCACAGUGACAAAGUUUCCUAGUGAACUGUCUAGAUUUUGUUCCGACUUUUCCAACACAGACAAGAAUGUGGAUAUAUCAAUAACUUUAAUUUGGAAAACCAUUGGGAUUGAUCCUAUUUUAAUGGUAUCAGGCACGCGUGUAAUUCUUGGGAUAGUGAACAUAGCGAGAUUCUUAAAUCGUUUGAUUGAACCAACCAAUAUGAAUGUGUUAAAGUAUGAACAAAAUGGUUCACUUUACGCGAAUAAGAUUGAUUCUUAUUUAGAUAAAAUACAUUGUGCUUUACAUGGUGUAAAACGUGAUAUUAAUAUGCCACAAAAGAUUUGUGAGAAAACACGUUAUGUGAUGGGCGACGAUAUCUCUAUAGUCGAUCUUAUUCUUAAAGACAUUGAUAAGUAUAAGAUAAAAAGAGAAUUAAUUUAUUAAAUCCAAAUUUAUUUUGCAUAAAAAUAAACUUUAUGCAUGUCAA